AUGAAGCCAUUCAAGCCGCCGACGUUGGUCAAUCGGCCACCACAGCCAGUUUCAAAAACAUCUUCCCACUUCAGUCAGCCGCCACCGGCCAAGAGACGGCGCAUCAGCGAGGACGACGAAGAUCGCUUGGAGACUGCGAUUGUAGCCGCCAAGGUGCUCAAGAAACCAGCCCCAUCUCAGAGAUUCCAGGCUCCCACAGUCCGAACUCCUUUGACUGCUGUGGCGAACGGUUCGUCACAAGGCAGCUCUGGUCAUGACCACAUCCAGGAGAGCUUCUUCGUGGUGGUGUGGCGAAAGUUCACAACGAAAAAGAACAAGACUUGGGAUGGUGACGGCGUGCUAUCAGUCAGGGGUACACAAGCAAAGCUGCAGGACAUUACAGGAAAGGAAUACGGGCGUGGCACCUGCAAAGGACCGCUCAUGGUAGGCUCUGAAAUGUCCAUUUGCGGGAAAGAAAUCGAAGUCGAAUCGAUGAUAUCGAAGGACGACUACACGUCUGGUCGCGUUUUCUUGGGAAAUGCAAAGGCUGUCAAGAGUGCGCCGGAGCUUACACUCCAGGAGAUCAACGAGACCAAGCGCGUUACGAACAAGGAACAAGCAAAGUUUAAGAAGCUUGCUCUAACCCAGAAAGAGACACAUCUCAAGCCCUCAUUUACAACCACUGCGAGCAAGGCAGGUUUCAAAGCACCCCUACUGCAGAAUCAUGUUCAGAUUUCCGACAAGCAUGCCAACAGGCCGACUCCGCGCCACAAUCCGGAUGCCCCAAACGCCUUGAUCAUGCGACGUCCAAGUGGCGUACCGAAGGGCAAGCAGAUUGUCGAUGUUGUUGUCGAUCCGCUCCUGACACGAUCACUCCGGCCGCAUCAGCGCCAGGGCGUUCAGUUUAUGUACGAGUGCGUGAUGGGCAUGAAGGACUAUGACGGCGAAGGUGCAAUUCUCGCAGACGAAAUGGGACUGGGCAAAACACUUCAAACUAUUGCACUUUUGUGGACGCUGCUGAAGCAAAACCCAAUUGCCGACGCUCCUCCUGUAAUCAAGAAAGCAUUGAUUGUUUGUCCGGUCUCACUUGUCAAGAACUGGCACAAGGAGUUCAAUAAGUGGCUCGGAAAUGACCGCAUUGGAGUCUACAUGGUGGAGAAUGGCAAGAUGCGACUCACCGAUUUCACUAAAGGCAAAGCAUAUCAUGUCAUGAUCAUUGGCUAUGAAAAACUUACCAAGGUUCAAAAGGAGCUGCAAGGCGCAUCUGGCAUUGACAUCGUCAUAUGCGACGAAGGUCAUCGUUUGAAAACGAGCACCAAUAAAGCUGCAAGUGCCAUCAAGACUCUCAGCACCGAGCGUCGAGUCAUCUUGAGCGGCACGCCGGUCCAGAACGAUCUUGCGGAGUUUUACACGAUGGUCGAUUUUGUCAAUCCUAACAUCCUGAGCAAGUACACGACCUUCAAGCGAGAAUUCGAGACUCCCAUCAUGAAGUCGCGCCAGCCAGGCGCAGCGGAAAAGGACUUGGAGAAGGGUGAGGCCCGUAGCGAAGAGCUUGCCAAUCUCACUGGCAAGUUCAUCUUGCGCCGCACAGCCGAAAUCCUGGACAAGUAUCUGCCACCAAAGACGGAAUAUGUCGUCUUUUGCAGGCCUACCGAUGCACAACGCCAGAUCUACCGCACCAUCAUCAGUACACAGGCAUUCGCCACUGCUCUGAACUCUCCUGCCGUUAGCCUCGAGCUGAUCAUGAUCUUGAAGAAGGUCUGUAACAGUCCUUCCCUGCUGCUUGGGACGAACGUCAAGGGCGAGGAGAUAAAGCGACCUGAGUUCAUCGAGGGCAUACCACGAAAACUGCUCAGUACACCGGCAGCCUCUGCAAAGAUCCAGGUGCUCGAUGAACUUUUGGUUAAGAUCAAGAAUGAAACAGAUGACAAAGUUGUCUUGGUGAGCAACUACACUUCGACAAUGGACAUUCUGGCUGCACUCAUCACAUCGCUCGGCAUGAGCUAUCUUCGUUUAGACGGAAGUACACCCCAAUCAAAGCGCCAGGACAUGGUUGAUCGCUUCAACAGAUCAUCGCAGAGCAAUUCGUUCAUCUUCUUGCUGUCUGCGAAAGCCGGCGGCACCGGGAUCAAUUUGAUCGGAGCUUCCAGACUGAUUAUGUAUGAUCUGGACUGGAACCCAGCGCUGGAUCUUCAGGCAAUGGCUCGUAUUCACAGAGAUGGACAGAAGAAGCCGUGCUUCAUCUAUCGUUUCGUGACCCAGGGUGCCAUGGACGAGAAGAUCUUCCAGCGACAAGUCACCAAGACUGGACUUGCAGACAGCAUUGUCGAUGGCAAAGCUGCAGCCAGUGGUUUCUCAACUGCGGAGCUGCGUGACUUGUUCUCGCUAGACGAAGAGGACGACUGCCAAACUCACCGACUUUUAGGCUGCGAAUGUGAGCGUAACGGCCUUCCAAUCUCCGAGGCAGUGGAAGAAAAGGUCAUUGAGCACAUUAGCAGGAAUGAUCUUGCUGCACUGAACAUGGAAGAAGUUGAGGUGCUCCACCUCGAGAACAGCGACGACGAACAAGUCUAUGUGCCGAAAGCAAUCACAAGCACACUCGCCAAUGUGGAUCGGGACGCGCAAGAGGCUGAGUUGAAGCGCAAAGCCAAAGACAAUCGUGACUCUUCUGGCAAAGCGAAGAUGCUGAGUCUUAUGCAAUAUACACACUUCGACACGUCCUUGGCAAACGAGAUGGAGCCUCCUCACCGCAAGGGCUGGGAUGACGAUGAGAGCGAUGGUAUGACUGAUGGCGCAGCCGACGUCUCUGCAAUCAGCGUCAUUGACACGGCGAUCGAAGACGUCUGCUUGCAGAAGGUCAUUCGUGACACGGCGCCAAGGAUCGGCUUCGUGAUGACCAAGAUGGGCACCUCACGAAGCGACGAUGAGAGUAAACAAGAGGUCUUGAAGGAGGUAUAG